UCGGCUUGAAAGCAGAGACGAAGAGCGACGGAACGCCUGGGAGCGUUUUUAUGGCUACCUUGCCCGCCCGACAUCCAGGGAUUUUUUUUUUCUUUUUCUCGGUCUGAUUAGAGGCCGUGGAAACGAGCCCGUGGAAUUGUAUACUGCGUGAAAAAUAAAGCCUCCUGCGCAGUCACAGCUAACCUCAGGCUGCUAAAGGAAGCAAAUUUGAACUUCGUCGCCAAUGGAGAGUUGUUUUCAAGAGAUACUCAACGGAACUGGGGCUCCAACAUCUGCCUGAAGGAGCCAUUGAGUUAACAUAAAACUCAGAAUUUCGUUAAUUUGAUGGGGCGACGAUUUCCCCCAACUUUUCCCUCGUUAACAUCGUAGCGUAUUCUUGUAGCUCUGUAUUAACGUCGGUUGCAUUUAGCAAGCUAGCCGGAUGCGUUAGCUGCGAGCAUAUAGCCACACUGUUCGGCUACAGUCAGGAUUCUAAUCCAGGGAACUUUUCUUUAUGAUGCCUUACCUACGUUAUGCAACAGGUAGUCCGUUUGCAGACCUGACAAACCAGCACUAACUGACCGAUAUUUAGACGCUUAUUUGUAUUAUUUAAGAGGCUAACUUUGGGUGCUCUGCGUUUUCAUCUUAGAGGGUUUUUUUUUUUUGUAAAAUAUUGUUCCCCGUCUCACAUUGAAGGCUCUUCAAAGAUGCACCACAAGGACUCGGUCUAACCUCCAUGCAAACAUGACCAUGUUGGAUCAUACAGAAUAAUAGGAGCCUGGGCUCGGGCUGUUCCCUCCACAAUUUGACGCUGAUGUGAGAAAGAGGGUUUGAAACCUCACCACGUCUGAUUUUUUUUUUUUUUUUUAAUAUAACAAUAGCUCGCCUACAACCUUUGUGAGUUUGCAUCAAAAUGUCCGCCAUCUCUGCAUCCGAGAAAGUGGACGGCUUUACGAGGAAGUCUGUGAGGAAGGCGCAGAAGCAGAGGAGAUCCCAGGGCUCCUCUCAGUUUCGCACUCAGAGCGCUCCGGUCGAGCUGUCCCCGCUGCCACAGCUCAAAGAUGCCCCCUCCACUGAGCAGCAGGAACUGUUCACCCAGAAACUCCAGCAGUGUUGCACGCUUUUUGACUUUCUGGACUCCGUGACAGACCUGAAGAGCAAGGAGGUGAAGAGGGCCACCCUGACCGAACUAGUGGACUACGUUUCCACCAACAGAGGUGUGCUGGUUGAGAAUGCAUACCCAGAGAUCACAAACAUGAUUAGCACCAACAUCUUCCGGGCUCUUCCACCAAGCGACAAUCCAGAUUUUGACCCAGAAGAAGAUGAGCCCACUUUAGAGGCUGCAUGGCCUCACAUCCAACUGGUCUACGAGUUUCUGCUUCGCUUCUUAGAGAAUCCAGACUUCCAGCCCAGCAUUGCAAAGCGAUACAUUGAUCAGAGGUUUGUCCUGCAGCUGCUGGAGCUGUUUGACAGCGAGGACCCGAGGGAGCGGGACUUCCUGAAGACUAUUCUCCAUCGGAUUUACGGAAAAUUCCUGGGCUUGCGAGCCUUCAUCAGGAAGCAGAUCAACAACAUCUUUUUGAAGUUCAUUUAUGAAACCGAACACUUUAAUGGUGUGGCCGAACUGCUGGAGAUUCUCGGAAGUAUCAUCAACGGGUUUGCGUUGCCUCUGAAGGCCGAGCACAAGCAGUUUCUGAUGAAGGUGCUCAUCCCCUUACACACAGCUAAAGGACUGGCCCUUUUUCAUGCACAGCUGGCUUACUGUGUGGUUCAGUUUCUGGAGAAAGAUCCCACGCUUACCGAGCCGGUGAUCCGUGGCCUGUUGAAGUUCUGGCCUAAAACCUGCAGCCAAAAAGAGGUGAUGUUCCUCGGUGAAAUAGAGGAGAUCCUGGAUGUUAUAGAACCAACGCAGUUCAAAAAGAUCCAGGAGCCGUUAUUCAAACAGAUUGCUCGAUGUGUGGCCAACCCACAUUUUCAGGUAGCUGAGCGAGCGCUGUACUUCUGGAACAACGAGUACAUUCUCAGCCUCAUCGAGGAGAAUAUCGACAAGAUCCUUCCCAUCAUGUUCGGCAGCCUGUACAAAAUCUCAAAAGAACACUGGAACCAGACAAUCGUUGCUUUGGUCUACAAUGUUCUGAAGGCACUGAUGGAGAUGAACUGCCCACUUUUUGAUGAGCUCACAUCCUCCUACAAAGCAGAAAGGCAAAAGGAGAAGAUGAAGGAGCAGGAACGUAACGAGCUGUGGAAGAAGCUGGAUGAGCUGAAGGUGAGCCGCGCCUCCAUGGUCCAGAACAACAGCCACGGAGUCCCUGCUGUCCUCAACAACAACAACAGUAACAACAACAACAAUGAAAACCAGGAGAACAGCAACGAUGCUGGCGCCAUCAUGGCAGACAAAGAUCCAGAUGUUACCGAUGCAGCCAGCGGGAGCGCCUCAUGUGCCAAAUGACAGCGGAUGCCAGCUCUUUAUUCUGAAGCGCUUCGACUUUUAGGACCGUUGGAGGAGGAUUAACAAGGAUGUAACACAAAUUACACCUCAGCAGUAUAUGGAAUCUUAGCUCCACAAAGAACACCAGCAGUUCUUUGGCAGAAAAAAAGAAUAUAAAUAUAUAAAUAAACAUUUCCCCUUGAGACAAUUUUUUUGGAUGUUACAGUGUGGCUGCCGUAUGUUUCUGUCCAAUCAGAGCUGUAUUCUUCCAUGUUUAGUUUCGUAAUCGAUAAUGAUUUUUUUUUUUUUUCUCUCGUGCUUGGUGUAUGAUACGUGGGAGGAAGAGGAAAUAAUGACUUGAAUUUAAACGUUUCCGACUGUGCUGCACUUAGAAGAUGAAAGAAAAGAGCUGAACAGCUAUUUAAAGAUGUCUAUUUUUAAUGUGCUUUUCCUCAUCGCUGCCCACACCUGUAGGUGCAAACCUAAGACGAGAAGGGAGCUCGGAAAUGUUGGGAUUGUUUUUCUUUGUUUCCGCAUAUGGGACCAGACCCGGAUAAAUACAGAGACCCGUAUAUAUAUAUUUAUACAGAGACCUGUUUAUAUGCAGAAAACGGUGUUGCAAGGAGACAACAGUCAUGGCCAAAAAUGAUUUAUGAUAAAUAUUAUUCCUGAAAUCACUCUUCUUUUAAUCAUGAAUUUAAAAAUAAGAUAAAUUAGCUAUUUUUUAGGCUAUUUUUGUGGUUGCAGAUGUUGGUAAACACAUUUUCAUUUGGGUGGAAACAUGAAGCUAAUAUAUUCACCACCUGAGUUUAUACAGGACCUCACACUAAAGUAUUAAGAAAGGGCUUUUGAUAUUCAAAUUUAUUUUUUUUUCUUUAAAUAAAUAGCUAUACAUCUCACCUUUAUGCCAAGAAAUAAAGGCUCUGUCCUGAGAAAAAAAAAUCCACCAAAUUAAAGCUAUUAAGCACACUAAUUCAUACACACAUGAUCUGAGAGGAUGCAUUAGGGGAAAGUUUAAAGUAUUAAUCAGCAACAUAGACAACAUUUACCAUAAUCUGUUUGUUUUUUUUCCUUUAAAACUUCUAAUCUAGAAAUGCCAACAAAAAAAAAAAACCUUGAGUGUUUAUGAAUGUUUUGGAUUAAGCAGGAAUGGUAAGCACAACAUGCCUCUGUAUUUCUGCUCUGUGUUUAUGGAGUUUGGAGGCCACUUGCAGGGAAACGCCACUCAGCUUCACGUCGCUGUUGUCUAGCGACAGUCUUUGACGGUGGACUGGAGAAUUUCCUUUCAUCAACCUGACUCUGUACGAAGCUAUUUUAAAAAGAAAAUCACACCAGAAAACAGUUAAAUAAGAAAUCUAGAGCAUCAAUGGCUUUUUGCUUAAAGCCUCUGAUCAUGGUGUGAAACGUUGACCCCUGACCUCAACAGGUUAUAGGAAGGAUAUUGGAGAUUUGGUGUUUCCUCUGAAACUGUUCUGUUCUGUUUCAGUUCAUCCGUCGGUCUUCUCUGAUGCCUUUCUGUCAGUACAGCAUUCCAGCCUCUGUGAACUUUAAAGCAGGGAACCUGUUUUGUAUCACAGAUACUGUUUAGGUUUCACCAUCAAAUAAAGUUGACUUUAUCUUUCUACUCU